AUGAACGACAACCAAUGUGGGACAGCAGAGGAGGGUGUCAUGGAUGAUGAAGACGAUCGCCGUCUUCUGGAUAUUUUAGGAGAUGUGGAUGCACUGAAUGACUAUCUCCAUGGUAACAACAGCAAGUCUAUUGAAGAGGAUGAUGUGACAAAUGCAGCUUAUGGGUCAGAUGGAUCCUUCUUUGCUAACGACACAGCUAGUUCCAACACGGGUCUCAAGGAUGGUUCUUCCUCAAUGGGAGAGUUUGGUGAGGACUCGGCCGGGGCAGGCCUCCAGCUGUCCAGCAGCCUCUCCUUCAUCGAGGACGAACUGGGGACCUCGAGCUCCCCCGAAGGCGUGGAUCUUGGAGGGGAGGAGCAGCCCUUUGACAUCCUCCAGAAGUCUCUCCUGGAGGCCGACAUCACAGAGCAGACUCUGGCCCAGGAGGCCUUGCUGGACUCCCAGCCCGCCCCCACUCUUGUGCAGGCUCCCGUUCCCUAUUCCUCCCAGCUGGCGUCCGGGGGUUAUGGAGGAGGGGUGGGCGUGGUAACCACGACGACGACCACGUUCCAAACGGGCCAGUUACUACAAGGCGUGUCCUCGCUGCCCAAUGGCUCCGCCCCGCACAUCCAGGUGUUGGGCUCGUUUGGAGCUGGCAGCGGUGUGAUGACUUUGAGCGGCCUGGAAAGAACUCCCCAGAUUGUCUUAAGGCCGGGGGUGCCCGUAGCUCCAGCAGGGCCCUCCACAGGAGGGCAGGUGUUCGCCCCUACCCAGGGGCAGCUAGGCCAAGUUGGGUUACCUUUCAAAAAUAUCCCCCUCCAAAACAUCAUCAUCCAGAGAGGCCCAGGAGGAACCCAGACCCUUGUGAGGCCUAUCCAGCCUAAGCCUCCGCAGGCCGGCGUUCAGACUGUCUACAGCCUCGGCCUUCAGUCCACUGCCACCACCUCUCCUAAUCUUGUCAACACUAAUGCCGCGGCUCCCGGGGGGCAGUAUGCCGCCAAUGGCUCCAUAGCGGUGCAGACGCCAAUGGAGCAGCAGCAAGCGCAGCAACCGGGACAGUUCCUGUUGCCCAGCUCUCUGGCGCUCACUCCGUCCAGCAGCAUCCAAAAUGGCCCCGCCAUCCCCAGUUCCAGUUCCCUGAUUAGCAGUCAAAACACAGUGCAGAUCGUCGCGGGGCACAACUUCACGGCAGCACCGGGAGGUCAGCUCAUUUUGAAUCAGGGAGUGGUGAGCGGGAGUCCGGUGGGAGCGACUGGAACUCAGACGUGGAGCGGAGUCUCCAGCACCAACUCCGCCCCUGUGCAGACCACCAGCGGUCCCGGGCGGCUGACCCUGGUCGGCCCAGCAACAGCGGGAGUCGGGAACCAAGGCCAGGCACCAGCCUGUGCCGUGCAGCGCCUUCUAGUGACUCAAAGUCAGAACUGCACCUCUCUGUCUCCUUUACCUGGGACCGCGACGCAGGAACAAGACUUCCGACAGAAUUCCUCAUCACCUGCUUUUAAGCAGGCGAAACUCAGCAGCAUCCACGGUAACCAAAGCUGCGACGUUGCCAUGACACACGAUCCAACUCUAACCUGCGAGAUCAGUGCACAAAAGAGGCCCAUCCUCCCACCACUAACAAAAGGAGAAAUGAUUUUACAGCAGUUAAGGAUGGAUCAUGCUGCCGUUCAGACCCCCGAUCGACGGAGGUUCACCUCAAUCGACGACACGCUGCUCAGACUCCUCCCGUACCACGUGGUCCACGGGGCUCCCCCCAGCCAGGACGAGUUCUCACAAGUCGAUGCGGAAUUUGAGGAGGUGGCAACUCAGGUGCUGAACAGGACCCAGUCCAUGGUUAACAAAUACAGACGACUACUGAUGGUGGAAGCUGAACGUCCAAGUCCAUCCUCAGAAAUGGUGAUGAUCGACAGGACCUUCAAUCAGGAGGAGCGCAGCAACCUGACCCAAGACAAGCGCAUGGUACUUGUGGACCCAGACAGCUUUUUGGAAGACUUCUGUUGUGGGAUGAAAUCCAAACUUUUCCAGGACCCCGUCCCCUCCCAGCCGACAACAGGCUGCCACUGGGAUGAGCCGGAACAAGGCUCCGCGGAGCCCCCGUACAGGACAGAGUCCCGCCCUGAGUAUGAAGACCCAGGAGGUGGCGGUGGUGUGGGGCGAGGCCCAACAGAGCGGUCUCCCCCUCCAGACUCAGAGAACAAGAGGGUGUUGGAGCAGACGAAAUCCAACAACGCUGAGAGAAACAGCCUCAUUGCUGCGAAAAGUUACUCCCAAGGUAAACCCUCCCAUUUCGCAGCGUCGGGGGGACAGCCUCGGUUCCCCAAGCCGCCUCCGUACUCGCCCCCGCUCACUUCAUCCCCCCACCCAGACACAGACUCUGCGCUAGAGGCGGCUGUCAACAGCAUCCUGGAAUGUUAA